AUGGUUAUCAACGCAUCCUCUGUGGUGGAAAAAACGCCCUCGAGGCGGACCUGGCGCACGAUCACUCGCUUACUGCGACUUAUGUGGCAAGACUCAAAGUCCGUCUUCAACUUUGCCUGGUCACAAAAGAAGCAAAUUUCCAUCCACAUUGGUAUCUUCGGCAUAGUCAUUCUACCACUGAUAACGGCUUCGUUGCUAGCGAGGACAAUUCCGAGCGAGCUCAGUUAUUGCAGCCCAGGUGGGGACUUCAGCCUUGAUUCCGAAUAUAAUCCUUGGGCCCUCGGCCACAUUUUUCAGAUAACAAUGGGCGUUGGCAGGCUGACGUUCUCGGAAGCAAAACUAAUCGACGUCAUUUGGGAUGUCAUCGUUGGACGGGGCGGCCAAUCCAUCCUCUUGAUGGUCACGUUCAAGGUCUUCACAAAAGCACUGACUCGUCUUCUUGAGGAGCGUCAAUCAUCGGUGUCUUACGGCAUGUUCGAAGCUGUUGUGUUCCAAGAGGCCUCGCUGAGUUCAAUCUGGAAAAUGGGCUCUACUGUUUGCAGAAAGCUAACGGGCCGCGAGAUUGCGGCAUUUAUAUGGAUGACCGUAGCCUCAAUCUACCUGCUUUCAUUCCCAACUUUAUUGAGCGCCAUGACCGGGUACACAACCUAUGUUACACCAUACUUCAACACCACCGAAGGUGUCAAAAUUAGCUGGUCCAAUAUCACCAUGUCUCAGGCUGCCUACACCAUCGCUGACGGGGGUCGUAUCGGAUUUAUGAGUCCGUACAUUGUUGGCAACGAAGGCUACUCGAACGUCAAGGGAAACGAAUGGGACUACCGUACCUGUGCACAGGCUGCCUACGAUUCCGAAGAUGUCAAUACCCUUCCACUGCCCUGCCAGAUCGCUGUAUACACUUCUGAAUAUCUAGCCCGUUAUGGUGGGGGCGUAGCUCGCGACCAAGAGAGUGUUUUCAACACAACUUCAUUAACCUCUCCGACUCUUAACAUCACGCUCUACAACACCACCUGGGUGGACUCGUCCGGCCAGGUACGAGAACAGUUCUUUACAAAAGAUAUGGAACCAGCUACGACCAAGCCAGAGCAAUUGCAAGUCAUGUAUUCCGUUGCGAACGAUGUGUACAGUAGAACUGAUCUAGAAAAAAGAAGUUCCUGUGAUGACUGGAAGAGCUACCAGUGGGGGUUCUCUUUUCUUCAACUGUUCAUCUUCAUGGUGAUCUCCACAUUUUGGGCCAUCGGCAUGUACAGCAUGUGGAUGGACACUUAUUGGAAUAGCCGAUUGGACAGGUCACCUCGAGUUAUGGGGUUUUUCCGCGGCGUCAUGGAUGCCAGUAACGCCAUGAGAAAGGACAUGGGUGAGGAUCCCACCGCGGAAGCCUCGGAGUCCGAGAUAAAGGCGAUGGUGGCCCGGGGCGGUAAUGGUGGGCAAAUAUCGCUCGAGGGCCUCGAUCUACAGCGUCUACCACUGAACAGGAGGGCUGAGUUGUACCAGCGGCGCAAGGAGAUCCCAUCACUGAAUGGCUGGACUUACCCAUGGACUUCUCUCCACUGGGCUUGGCUUGCCUUUUUCUUCCUGCUAGCGGUAGUCCUGUUCAUCCCUGUGGGCACAGCUCCCGCAUUUAUCUGCCUUCUUCUAUUGCUGGUUGGGUUAUGCUCUACCUUGUGGAGACAGAUUGGGAAGCCGUAUUGGGAGAAACGUAAAGAGCAACCACAUAUACCGCUUAGUACCUCUUACCACGGCAUCCUUCCCGAGACAGACGUGACCGGCUAA